AUGAAGAGCACCCGCUGGCUCACCCCGAAGCCUGUCAACUCUGUCGUCCUUGGCUUCGUCUGGAUUUCUGUGGCGCAGUGUACAGUUCUGAGCAGCUGCCUGACGUCCUGUGUAACUAACCUGGGCAGGCACCUUGACAGUGGCACACCAUACAAUCUGAGUGAGGCGUGCAUCCAAGGAUGUCAGUUUUGGAACUCUGUAGACCAGGAAAAGUGUGCUUUAAAGUGUAGGGAGUCCUGUGAGGUCGGCUGCAGCAGUGCAGAAGGUACCUAUGAAGAGGAAGUACUGGAAAGUACAGCACUCCCUACAGCACCCUUUGCAUCUUCCAUUGGAAACCACAGUGUCACAUUACGAUGGAACCCUGCCAACAUCUCUGGAGUAAAAUACGUCAUUCAAUGGAAGUAUGACCAGCUUCCAGGAAGCUGGACUUACACGGAGACCGUGUCCAAACUCUCCUAUGUGGUGGAGCCCCUGCAUCCAUUCACUGAAUAUAUUUUUCGAGUGGUUUGGAUAUUCACAGCCCAGCUGCAUCUUUAUUCUCCACCAAGUCCCAGCUACAGGACUCACCCUUAUGGAGUUCCAGAAACUGCACCUUUCAUUGUGAACAUUGAAAGCUCAAGCCCGGACACCGUGGAAAUCAGCUGGGCUCCACCCAAUUUUCCAGGUGGACCUAUUUUGGGUUAUAAUUUAAGGCUGAUCAGUAAAAAUCAAAAAUUAGAUUCAGGGACACAGAGAACCAGUUUCCAGUUUUAUUCCACUCUUCCAAAUACCACCUACAGGUUUUCUAUUGCAGCAGUCAAUGAAGUUGGUGAGGGGCCAGAAGCAGAAUCUAUAAUUACCACUCCAUCCCCAGCAGUUCAAGAAGAAGAACAGUGGCUUUUUUUAUCCAGAAAAACUUCUCUGAGAAAGAGGUCUUUAAAGUACUUAGUAGAUGAAGCACAUUGCCUGUGCUCAGAUACUAUAUGUCAUAACAUUACAGGAAUCUCCGUCAAUGCCCAGCAGCAGGUGGUUUAUUUCUCAGAAGGAACCGUCAUAUGGAUGAAGAGGGCAGCCAACAUGUCCGAUGUGUCUGACCUGAGAAUGUUUUACCGAGGCUCAGGUCUAAUCUUUUCCAUCUCCAUAGACUGGCUUUACCAGAGGAUUUAUUUCAUCAUGGAUAAACUGGUAUAUGUCUGUGACUUAGAGAAUUGCUCAAAUUUUGAGGAAAUUACUCCAUUCUCUAUUCGUGCACCUCAAAAAGUUGUGGUUGAUUCCUAUAAUGGGUAUGUCUUUUAUCUCCUGAGUGACGGUAUUUACAGAGUCAAUCUCCCUUUGCCAUCUGGCAGGGACACCAAAGCUGUUCGCAUUGUGGAGAGUGGCGCGUUAAGGGACUUUGCAGUAAAGCCACAGUCCAAGCGAAUCAUUUACUUCAAUUCCACCCUACGAGUCUUCAUGUCAACGUUUCUGGAUGGCUCGGCUUUCCAUCAGGUCCUGCCUUGGGUGCCCCUUGUGGAGGUGAAGAGCUUUGCCUGUGAAAACAAUGACUUCCUCAUCACCGACGGCAAGGCCAUUUUCCUGCAGGACUCUCUGUCUUUCAAUGAGUUCAUCGUGGGAUGUGACCUGAGUCACAUAGAAGAGUUUGGGUUUGGUAACUUGGUCAUCUUUGGCUCAUCCGUCCAGUCAUACCCUCUGCCAGGCCAUCCACAGGAGCUCUCAGUGCUGUUCGGGUCUCAAGAGGCCCUUAUUCAGUGGAAGCCUCCUGCUGUCGCCAUAGGAGCCAGUGAGUGUGCUAUCCUCAGGGUGACUACUGUUAACCAUUUAGGUUCUUCUGCCUGGCAGAACUGGACUUAUGAGGUGAAAGUUUCCUCCCAAGAGCUUCUUGAAGUCACUCAAGUUUUCUCUAACAUAAGAGGGACCAUACUUAACGUACCUGAGCUGCUGAGUGCUACAAAAUACAUGGUUUCUGUGAGAGCGAGUUCUCCUAAAGGCCCAGGCCCCUGGUCAGAGCCUUCAGUGGGCACCACCCUCGUAUCAGCUACUGAGCCACCAUUCAUCAUGGCUGUGAAAGAAGAUGGGCUUUGGAGCAAACCACUCAGUAGCUUUGGCCCAGGAGAGUUCCUAUCCUCUGACGUAGGAAACGUGUCAGAUAUGGAUUGGUAUAACAACAGCCUCUACUACAGUGACACAAAAGGCAACGUUUAUGUGCGGCCACUGAAUGGUAUGGAUAUCUCAGAGAAUUAUCACAUACCCAGCAUUACAGGAGCUGGUGCAUUGGCCUUUGAAUGGCUUGGUCACUUUCUCUACUGGGCUGGGAAGACAUAUGUGAUCCAGAGGCAGUCUGUGUUGACAGGACACACAGACAUUGUGACUCACGUCAAGCUGUUGGUGAACGACAUGGCCGUGGAUUCAGUUGGUGGCUAUCUGUAUUGGACUACACUGUACUCCGUUGAAAGCACCAGACUAAAUGGAGAAAGUUCUCUUGUACUGCAGGCUCAGCCCUGGCUGUCUGGCAAAAAGGUUAUUGCUCUAACGUUAGACCUGAGUGAUGGGCUCCUGUACUGGCUGGUGCAGGACAAUCAGUGUAUUCAUCUGUACACAGCUGUUCUUCGAGGAUGGAGUACUGGGGAUGCGACUAUCACCGAGUUUGCAGCCUGGAGUACUUCUGAAAUUUCCCAGAAUGCGCUGAUGUACUACAGUGGUCGACUUUUCUGGAUCAAUGGCUUUAGGAUCAUUACAGCGCAGGAAAUAGGUCAGAGAACCAGUGUGUCUGUUUCAGAGCCAGCAAAAUUCAACCAGUUCACGAUUAUACAGACAUCCCUCAAGCCUCUGCCAGGGAACUUUUCCUCUACUCCCAAAGUUAUUCCAGAUUAUGUUCAGGACUCUUCAUUUCGGAUUGAAGGGCACAGUUCAAGUUUCCAAAUCCUGUGGAAUGAGCCUCCAGCGGUGGACUGGGGCAUAGUUUUUUACAGUGUGGAGUUUAGCGCUCAUUCUAAGUUUCUGGCUAUUGAACAACAGCCUUUACCUGUUUUUACUGUGGAAGGGCUGGAGCCCUAUGCUUUAUUUAAUCUCUCUGUCACUCCUUAUACCUACUGGGGAAAGGGCCAAAAGACAUCUUUAUCGCUCCGUGCACCCGAAUCAGUUCCAUCAGCACCAGAGAACCCCAGAAUAUUUGUAUUGUCAAGCGGAAGAUACGCCAACAAGAAUGAAGUUGUGGUAGAGUUUAGGUGGAAUAAACCCAAUCAUGAAAAUGGAGUGCUAACCAAAUUUGAAAUCUUCUAUCAUAUAUAUAAACAAAGCGGUACAAAUAAAACAAAGGAAGACUGGAUUUCUGUCAGUGUCACGCCCUCAGUCAUGUCUUUUCAGCUUGAGGCCUUGAGUCCUGGGUUUAUGGUUGCUUUCCAGGUUCGAGUCUUCACGUCCAAAGGGCCAGGGCCAUUUUCUGAUAUAGUUAUCGCUAAAACAUCAGAGAUCAAACCAUUUCCGUAUCUCAUAUCUCUUCUUGGCAAUAAGAUUGUGCUCCUAGACAUGGACCGAAGUCAAGUUGUGUGGACAUUUUCCACGGAGGGAGACAUCAGCACGGUGGGGUACACGGCGGAUGAUGGAAUGGGGUAUUUUGCUCAAGGAGACUCGCUCUUCCUUUUGAAUCUGCACAAUCGUUCUAGCUCUAAGCUUUUCCAGGAUGCAGUGGUCUCUGAUGUUACAGUUAUUGCAGUUGACUGGAUUGCCAGACACCUCUACCUUGCUCGGAAAGCAUCACAAAAUGGAACACAGAUAUUCGAUGUUGACCUUGAGCACAAGGUGAAAUCCCCUAGGGAGGUGAAGAUUUGCAAAAGGCCUUCAACGAUAAUUUCUUUCUCUAUGUAUCCCCUUUUAAGUCGCUUAUAUUGGACAGAAGUUUCGGAUCUGGGCCAUCGGAUGUUCUACUGCAGUAUUAGCAAUCACACCUUGUGCCCCGUUCUACAUGCCUCAAACCAGUAUGGAAGGAGCCAAUGUUCUUGUAAUGUGACAGAGUCUGAGUUAAGUGGAGCAAUGACUGUUGAUACCUCUGACCCAAAGAGACCAUGGAUAUACUUUACUAAAGGACGAGAGAUCUGGGCCAUGGAUCUGGAAGGAUGUCAGUGUUGGAAAAUCAUCACGGUACCUGCCAUCCUUGCAGGAAAACAAAUCGAUAGCUUAACAGUGGAUGGGGAAUUUAUAUAUUGGAUCAUCACAAGCAAGGACCAGACACAGAUUUAUCAAGCAAAGAAGGGAAGUGGGGCCAUCCUCUCGCAGGUGAUGGCCCCCAGGAGUGAGCAUGUCUUGGCUUACAGUUCAGCUCUGCAGCCUUUUCCAGAUAAAGCAUAUCUGACUCUAGCUUCAGAUAUGGUAGAAGCAAUUAUAUUGAAUGCCACCAACACCAGCCUCACACUCAAGUUACCUUCAGUCAAGAGAAACCUCACGUGGCAUGGCAUUAUCAGCCCCACACCAACAUACCUGAUUUACUAUAAGGAAGCCAAUAGGGCAAAUAGCUCUGACGAGAAACACGGAAUGCUGGAAUCACAGGAGAAUAUAGCCCGCAUUGAAGGUUUGCAGCCAUUUUCAACAUAUGUGAUUCAGGUCACUGUGAAGAAUUAUUAUUCAGAUCCUUUAGAACAUUUACAUCUGGGAAGAGAGAUUCAGGGAAAAACUAAGAGUGGAGUGCCCGGGGCAGUUUGUCAUAUCAAUGCAACUGUGCUGUCUGAUACCAGUCUCCACAUACUCUGGACAGAAUCACAUAGGCCAAACGGACCCAAGGAGUCAGUCCGCUAUCAGCUGGUUAUGUCACACUUGGCUCCGAUUCCUGAGACUCCUCUAAGAAAGGGUGAAUUUCCAAGUGCCAGGCUUGCCCUCCUUGUCACUAAACUGUCUGGUGGACAAUUCUACGUGUUGAAGGUGCUGGCCUGCCACUCAGAGGAAAUGUGGUGUACAGAGAGUCAUCCUGUUACAGUCAACAUGUUUGAUACACCAGAGAAACCUUGUGCCUUGGUUCCAAAGAAUACCAGUCUGCAGUUAGACUGGAAGGCUCCGGCUAAUGUUAACCUCACCAGCUUUUGGUUCGAACUCCAGAAGUGGAAAUAUAAUGAGUUUUACCACGUUGAAGCUACAUGCAGCCAAGGUCCAGUUUAUGUCUGUAGCAUCACAGAUCUACAGCCAUACACUCCAUAUAAUAUCCGAGUGGUGGUGGUCUAUGUGACAGGAGAAAAUAGCUCCUCCAUUCCAGAGAGCUUCAAGACAAAAGCUGGAGUCCCAAGCAAACCAGGCACUCCGAAAUUACUAGAAGGGAGUAAAAAUUCAAUCCAGUGGGAGAAAGCUGAAGAUAAUGGAAGCAGACUGAUGUACUAUAUCCUUGAGAUCAGAAAGGGCAUUUCAAAUGAUUCACAAAACCAGAGUUUAAGGUGGAAGAUGGCGUUUAAUGGGUCCUGCGGUAGCAUUUGCACAUGGAAGCCAAAAAACCUGAAAGGAACAUUUCAGUUCAGAGCAGUAGCUGCAAACAAUAUUGGGCUGGGACAAUAUAGUGGAAUCAGUGAGAAUAUUACAUUAGUGGAAGAUGGUUUUUGGAUAACAGAAACAAGCUUUAUACUUACCAUCAUAGUUGGGAUAUUUCUGGUUGCUACAGUCCCACUGACCUUUGUCUGGCACAGAAGCUUGAGAAACCACAGAGCUUCCAAGGAAGGGCUCUCAGCUCUCAAAGAGGACGAAGACAAAGAGUUGGCUGAGCUUCGAGGCCUGGCGGCUGGGGUGGGACUGGCCAAUGCCUGCUAUGCAGUACAUAUUCUUCCAACCCAAGAGGAGAUUGAAAGUCUUCCUGCCUUCCCUCGGGAAAAACUGAGCCUGCGUCUUUUGUUGGGAAGUGGAGCUUUUGGAGAAGUCUAUGAAGGCACAGCCGUCGACAUCCUAGGAGUGGGGAGUGGAGAAGUCAAAGUGGCAGUGAAGACCUUGAAAAAGGGUUCCACCGACCAGGAGAAGAUUGAAUUCUUGAAGGAGGCACACCUCAUGAGCAAGUUUGAUCACCCCAACAUUCUGAAGCAGCUGGGAGUCUGUCUGCUGAGUGAACCCCACUACAUUAUUCUGGAGCUGAUGGAAGGAGGAGACCUUCUAAGCUAUCUGCGCAAAGCCCGGGGGACAAAGUUACACGGCCCUUUACUCACCUUGGUUGACCUUGUAGAGCUGUGUGUGGAUAUUUCAAAAGGCUGUGUCUACUUGGAGCAAAUGCACUUCAUCCACAGGGAUCUGGCAGCUCGGAAUUGCCUUGUCUCUGUGAAAGAUUAUACCAGUCCUCGGGUAGUCAAGAUUGGUGACUUUGGGCUUGCCAGGGAAAUCUAUAAAAAUGAUUACUAUAGAAAGAGAGGGGAAGGCCUGCUUCCUGUGCGGUGGAUGGCUCCUGAAAACUUGAUGGAUGGAAUCUUCACUUCUCAGUCUGAUGUAUGGUCUUUUGGAAUUUUGGUUUGGGAGAUUUUAACUCUUGGUCAUCAACCUUAUCCAGUGCAUUCCAACCUUGAUGUUUUAAACUAUGUGCAAGCAGGAGGGAGACUGGAGCCACCAAGAAAUUGUCCUGAUGAUCUGUGGAAUUUAAUGUCUCAAUGCUGGGCUCAGGAACCUAACCAAAGACCCACUUUCCAUGACAUUCAAGACCAGCUUCAGUCAUUCAGAAGUUUUUCCUUAAAUACUGUUUCUCAGUGCGAAGAAACACGUGCCCGUGGAGUCAUCAAUGAAGGCUAUGAAGGUGAAGAUAAUAGAAUGGCUGCUUUGAAUUCAGAUGAUGAGAUGCCAGUUGCCUUGGCAGAAAUCAAGAACCAAGAAGGAUUAAAAUAUAUGGUACUUGCCACAAAGUGUAGCGAAGGUGAGGAAAACUAUGACGGUCCUCUAGGUCCUAAGGAAUCUGGGUCUCAUGGUCUGAAGAAAGAUGAGAAGCAACCACAUGCAAACAAAGAUUUCUGCCAAGAACAGCACAUGGCUUAUGGUCCUCCUGGCAGGUCUGAAGGCCUGAACUACGCCUGCCUUGCUCACAGUGGACAUGGAGAUGUGUCUGAGUAAUAGCAUCUUAUUGUAAAUACAGCUCUAUGAUCAACAUCAUGUUAAGUUACUUGCAGCAAAGAAUAAAGGUGUGGUGAUGGUCUUAA